CGGGGUACCUGUGUGUUUCUUUAGAGUAAGACUCGGGAACAAGGUUCUCAGGAAAAUCUAAAUAAAAUUUUUGAUUCUUUUGAAGCGAAUUUUGCCUUCAUCUUCUGAAAUUUUUGAAGCAGUUUCGUCUGUUCCCACGAGUCUUGUAGGUGUUUUUGUUAUUAUUUAGUGUAACAAAUGGGUAAAGGGAAAGAUCCUGGGAAAACGAAACGUUAUAAGGAAGAAGAUGUUGAGUCGACGGGCAAAUCAAAUACCACGUGUAGCAUGCUUGACGGGAAGGAACGAGUAAUGAAGGAAAAAAAGAAAGAGAAACGAAAACAUAAGAAGGGUCAACGAGAUUCCAGUGGUGAACAAGAACUUACCCACAAUGUUAACCAAGGAGAGGAAAUGAAGGAGAACAAGAGAGAGAGAAUUGAAGAAACUAAUAGAGAUGAUGGUUUGUGUGAUGAAGAUGUCGAUAGAGGGAAACAGAAAAAGAAAUCAAAGAAGACUGAGAAAAGAGUUUGUCAAGGUAAUGAAAAUGGUAGCAUAGAAGAUGUAGAUAGAAAACAACUAAAAAAAUCAAAGAAGGGUGAAAACAAAAGAUGUGGAAAUGAGGUAUCUAAUGAUGAUGAUUUAGAAAGUAAAAAGAAAGAAAAUAACUUAAAGAAGAGUAGGAAAAGGAGAUGUGAGGAUCAGGAUAGUGAAAGUGAUGAUAAAGAUAAAGAUAUUAGAAAACAAGAAAAGAAAUUAAAAAAGAAGGGGGGAAAACGAGAGGAUAAAGAUUGCGGCAGAGAUGACGAUGAGAUUCACGGACAAGUUAAAAAUAAGUCAAAGAAAAAAAGGGGACAUGAUGAUGAUGGUGAUAAAGAAGCUGUAGUCAGUGAGGAACCAAAGAGGAGUAGUAGUGAACAAGAAGUGGACAUAAAACAAAAUUUUGAUGAGAAUACCACAAAACAGGAGAGUGGAUGUAAACCCAAAAAUAAAAAGAGAAAGAAGAAAAAAGAAAAGAAAACCAAUGAGACUGACAAUGAGAGUUCUAUUAAGAAAAAAAGCUGCAAAGAUAGUGAGGAUGAGGAACAUCUUCCAUCUAAAGAAAAAAAGAAGAAAAGGAAAAAGAGUAAAGAUAGCAGUGAAGGAUAUAUUGAACAGAGUAAAGAUAUUAUAGCAGAAACUGGAACAAGUUUAUUGAAAUGCUCAGAGAAAAAGAUUCUUAAAGAAGCUAAAAGGCAGAAGAGGAAAUUAAAGGAUAUCAAUGAGGCCCAAGAUGAGCUAGGUGCAGAAAUCAAUGCUCUUCAGAAUGACAUGGAAGAAAAGAGACUUCAAUUUGAACAAGAUGAAAAUUCAGAUUGUGCUUCUGAUGAAACAGGCAAUGAGAAUGCUACAACUGAGCUGAAAAAUGAUGAACUAAAGAAAGGAAAGAAUGAAAAAAAGAGACUGGUCAAAGUAAAAGAGGAGACAAGUGUUGAGAAUAAAGGAGAAGAGCCUAAUGCAGGGAUGGCUGCUCUAUCUUAUUUGAAAAUGUGGAAUUCUAACCGCAAACAGUGGUCUUUUAAGAAAGUCAGACAAGUCUGGUUGUUAAAACACAUGUAUGAUCCAUCAAAGGUCCCAGAAGAUGAUUUUGAUGUUUUGCUGGAAUACCUUGGUGGUUUGCAAGGAUUUUCUAGACAGACUACUAUAGAGAGAGCAGAGAAGCUUGUGGAUCUAGAAACAGGUGGUGAUGAUGCUGCAGAUAGGACACGGAUCAAGAGAGUCAUUCAGAUCCUGACAUAAUGUGUUGUUAUCAGAUCCUUCAAAGGAUAGCCCUUAAAUAUUGUGGUGGGCCACUGGUGAAUAAGGUUCUAUAGUUAUCUGAUUAAAAGCAUUUUAGAAAUCACGUCACAGGUUUAUUGUUUACCUCUUUGUCACAUAUUUGGAGCCUGCCCCUUGUGGGCAUUGUGGUAACUUACAUAGAGGACUAAAUACAAUAACAGUUAAGAAUGUUUUAAAUCUGAAUUACAGAACUUUUCGAAGCAUUUUUCUCUUCCUAUAGCAUAUAAUUUGUUUUGUAUUGUAUUUCAAAAUCGCUCGUGAAUCAUAAUCAAUUGCCUGAAGUCUCAUACACAUUUCUUGUAUUUCUCAUGUGUUAUAAAUAAUAUUAAUACAUCCAUGCGUGAUUUUAAA